AUGUUGCGUUACUGGAUAGUUUGCGUUGUGCUCUUGUGUUUUCAUUGGAUCGUCGAUGCGGACGGAUCGAACAAUUAUCCGCAAUCUCUUCGCCAUCAUGGUCCGCAGAACACGAGUCUUCCACAUCACGAAAGAACCACACGAGGCAUCCGCACGGCCGUUUCCAACAAACCGACUGAACGCUGCUACGGUACUUUCGGGUGUUAUUCCGUUAACCGACCAUGGACGUCGUCGAAUAGGCCUAUCAAUAAUUUUCCAGAAGCACCGGAAAUUAUACAACCGGCUUUUUGUUUGUAUACGAGGCACAACCGGUCCCGGUGUCAGAAUCUGGUGACGGGCGAUGUAAAUUCGAUCCAGCGUAGCGGAUUAGAUUCAUCUCGUCGUCUCUUGUUCAUCGUUCACGGUUAUCUCGAACAUGGCAACAAGAAAUGGAUCAAGAGGAUGGUGGAAGAGGCCCUCAUCUACGAUAACAUCAAUGUUGUUGUGGUAGAUUGGGUUAGUGGUUCUGGACCACCAUACACUCAAGCUGUGGCCAAUAUUCGAUUGAUUGGUGUAAUGCUCGCUCACCUUACUUCUCUUUUUACACGUGCUCAGUUCCAAGUGCCGACGGAGAAUUGCCAUAUAACCGGACAUAGUUUAGGAGCGCAUUUGGCUGGAUACACUGGUCAAUAUCUACGAGAUCGAGGUCACAUGCUUGGCAGGAUAACAGGUAUGGAUCCAGCUGAUCCUUAUUUCGAGAAUACAGAACCUUUGAUCCGGCUCGAUCCUACAGAUGCUCUUUUCGUUGAUGUUAUCCAUACGGACGCUGGGCCAAUCCUUUCUGGAGGAUUGGGAAUGAUGCAGCCAGUGGGUCAUAUUGACUUUUACCCGAACGGUGGGGUUCGUCAGCCAGGCUGCGGGACGAGCGUCCUUGAUUCGAUCGAAAAGGAGCGUGGCAGCGUUCUCUAUGGUUUGAGUCGAUUCAUCGGUUGUAAUCACCUGCGGUCUGUCGAAUUCUUCACCGAAUCAUUCAAUUCAGCGUGUCCGUUUUUAGCUGUUCAAUGUCCGUCCUUUGAAGAUUUUCUUGAGGGAAGGUGUCAUUGCGGCACGAACGCUUGCCACCGCAUGGGAUAUUCCGCUGACCAUCAAUCGGUGGCAUCAUCUACCGGCCUCAACUGGCCCGGCCAACAGCAGACAGACGAUUCCAUUCAAAUGUAUCUGCUCACUCGGGACGAUCAGCCAUUUUGUUUGUACCAUUAUCGGGUGACGAUCGUCAUUUCAGACACGUUCGAGAGCAUCCAACACGGUGGCGACAGAGGCUGGCUUUCGAUUCAACUUCACGGACACAACCGGUCAUCCCCACCGACUCGUCUCACUCCAGAGAAUGUUCGUUUCGAACCGAGGAGAGCUUAUUCUUACGUUUUGGGCUCGACGUGGUUGGGAGACAUCAAGAGCGUCACGCUCGUGUGGACUUACUCAUCCAGCGUUUUUAAUCCGCUCACGUGGCGGAUUCUUACCGUUCCGGCUCUUCACGUCAAUCGCAUUAUCGUCCAUAAUUUAGAGUCGAACAGCAGUGCCGUGAUUUGCGGAGAGGACACGCCCAUCAGUUCAAAGGAAUCGCGGCAAAUGUUUGCCGAUUCAAAAUGCAGGCAUCAGUCGUGGCUGCCGGCCGCGGGAUCGUUUCAUUUCCCCACUGACGAGACCGGUGCCAACGGGUUGAGGAAAAGCGGCAAGAGGAGCAGGCGAUUGCAAUUGGGUUGA